AUGGAGGAAGAAAAGAAAACUGAACGGAAAAGAAAAAGAUUCGCAGCUCGAUUAAAGAGUUCUAAAGGAAUAACAUGCACUGAAGUACCUGGGCCGAAUAUAGUGCUAUGCAACGGCGGGCAAGCAACAGGGCUAGAGAAAGUAGCUAUAUUUAGUCUAAUUAUGGAACAUGGUUUAAGUAUGACUUUGCCUAAAUAUAUUGCUGAAAAAGGAGAAAGCCAUUCCUUUCUAGUGUUUAACACGAAGGAGGAUGCUUUGUUAUUUUAUAAUAGUUUCAAUGGAACAGCAAAGGCUGAUAAUAAGGGAACACCACUAUAUAUGAACUUUGUUGAAACAGUUCCCAACACAGAAAUAAUAUGCCCACAUGAAAAUCCCAAAGGCCUAUUACUACUUAAUGACUUCAUAACACAAGAAGAAGAAAAAGAAUUCAUAAAACUUUUUGACUGGAAUCCAGAAUGCAAUAAUUUGAAAAACAGACUGGUAAAGCAUUUUGGCUAUGAAUUUAGAUAUGGCAGCAAUGAUGUGGAUCUAAAUAGCCCAUUGAUAGAGAAAAUUCCUGUAGAGUGUGAUAUUUUAUGGAAGAGGUUGAAAGAAAAAGGUUUUAAUGUUGGUGUACCAGAUCAGCUGACUGUGAACAAGUAUUCUCCAGGGCAAGGGAUCCCAUCACAUGUGGACAAGCACAGUCCAUUUGGAGGUACCAUACUGUCACUGUCACUUGGCUCUGAUAUAGUAAUGGACUGGAAACACCACAGCGGCCAAUAUGUACCAACCCUAGUACAGGCAAGAUCUCUACUUGUUAUGCAAGAUGAGGCCAGAUACGACUGGCAGCACGGCAUUCAACCUCGCACUUGGGAUCCAGUCAUCGAGAAUCGCGUAGAAAACUCUCGGAAUAUCAAAGUGAUAACAAAUGACACUGUAACAAGAGGGACACGUAUUUCUCUUACAUUCCGUUGGACUAGGAGUGGUCCUUGUGAGUGUGAAUACAAGACACUCUGCGACAGUGUGGAGAAAGUCUGUGCUGAUAACUUAGAGAAUGAAGUAGCCUCAAAUUUGGAAGAGUUGCAUGUUCAUCAGGUAUAUGAACAAAUAGCAGGCCACUUUAGUACAACGAGACACAAACCUUGGCCUAAGGUGGUGGAGUUCAUGCAAGGAGUGCCACCUGGCAGUGUUGUUAUGGACUUAGGAUGUGGGAACGGGAAGAAUAUACUGAGAAGGAAUGAUAUAGUGCAGAUAGCAGGUGAACGUAGUUCUGGCUUAUUAUCAGAGUGUAAGGAGCACAUCCAAGGUAUAAAUGCAGCGGACUGCGUACGUCUGGAUCUACUACAGGCGCAGUUAAGAGACAACACCGCAGAUAUUGUCAUAUGUAUCGCUGUUAUACACCAUUUUAGUAGCAAGGCAAGAAGGCUACAAGCGAUAUCCACUAUACAUCGUUUACUACGCAAAGGUGGGCGGGCUCUCAUCACAGUAUGGGCCAAGGAUCAAACUAAAUCAAAUUACCUUCUUAAAAGUAAACAAGACCAGGUUAAUGAGACUCAAGCAGAGACUCAGAUCACGGUCGGGGGAGUUAACCUCCCUGUACACGAAAACCGAACACAGUUCAAACACCAAGACCUAUUAGUACCUUGGAAACUAAGAAAAGUAUCAGAAAAUAAACUGUCAAACAACCCAGAAAACACUUUACUGAGAUACUAUCACGUUUUCGAAGAAGGUGAAUUAGAUGAACUAUGUAAAGAGGUCAAUUUCUUAAUCGAAGAUAGUUUCUACGAAGAGGGCAACUGGUGUGUUGUGUGUAAGAAAAAAUAA